AUGGCCGACCAGACCAACGGCAGCUUGACCCUGACGGACUACUUCCUGGCCGGUGACGGUGUGGACUAUGAGAUCCCUCUGGACGAGAUCCCGGACACCACGCAGGGCCGGGCCUUCUUCGUGGCCACCAUCGUCAUCGCGGUGGUCCUGGUGGGCAUCAUGUUGGUCUGUGGAGUGGGAAACUGUCUGUUCAUUGCCAGCCUCGCCCGCUACAAGCAGCUGCGCAACCUGACCAACCUGCUGAUCGCCAACCUGGCCGUGUCAGACGUGCUGGUGGCGGCGGUGUGCUGUCCCUUCCUGCUGGACUACUACGUGGUGAAGCAGCUGUCGUGGGAUCACGGCCUGCUGCUCUGCGCCUCCACCAACUACCUCCGCACCGUCUCUCUCUACGUGUCCACCAACGCACUGCUGGCCAUCGCCGUGGACAGGUACAUGGCUAUCCUCUACCCUCUGCGGCCUCGUAUGAAGCACCAGACGGCGUACUGUGUCAUCCUGACAGUUUGGAUUGUCCCCAUCUUCAUCUCCAUCCCCUCUGCCUACAUGGCCUCUGAGACAACAUACCCACAUGUGGAAGGUCGCACCUACAAGACUUUCUGUGCUCAGAUCUGGCCUGUGGACCAGCAGGUUUACUACCGCUCCUACUUCCUUCUCGUCUUCGCUCUGGAGUUCAUUGGCCCGGUGACCGUCAUGGCUGUCUGCUACAUCCAGAUCUCCAGGGAGCUGUGGUUUAAGGAUGUUCCAGGCUUCCAGACGGAGCAGAUCCGGAAGAGGCUCCAGAGGCGUCGGAGGACGGUAGUGGUGCUGAUUCUGGUACUGGUCGCCUACGUCCUGUGCUGGGCGCCAUACUACGGCUAUGCCCUGCUGCGGGACUUUUACCCCACCCUCAUAUCUAGGGACAGGAACUCCCUGGUGGCCUUCUACAUCAUCGAGUGCAUUGCCAUGAGCAACGGGGUCAUCAACACCCUCUGCUUUAUGAGUGUCCGAAACAACAACAAGCACCUGAAGAAGACCGUCAAGUUCCCACUGAGGCUGGUGGCUUUGGUGGCCGGCAAGUCAAUGGAUGAAGGGGAGGCACGGACCUCCUCCCUCCGAGUGACGGAGGAUGCGGAAGGAGCUCGGAGGCCAAACAUCUGA